UUGCUUGGCGCAAACGAGCCAAGAGUCGCCAGAGAGCUUUGCCGAGCUAAGCUGUAUCUAGGCAAAAAUUGAGUGAAUAUUAAACCCACGCUGGAGGCCAUGUUAAUGUCUUCCGUGCCUUCAUGUUCACAGAGAGGUCCUGGAUUAGCAUUGCUGAUGAUGUUAUAGGCACGUGCCGUGGAUUUCAUUGUUUAUACAAGAAUUCAAUUAAAAUUUCGACGCAGUUGGAAGUUCACGACACCCGUAGAGUUAUUUACAAAGCGAAAAAUCUAUCGAUUUUUACUCCUCUUAGAGGCCAUCUAGCCUCUUGUUAAAGGUAGCAAGGACUUAAAAUCACUCUUUCAAUCUCCGGAAUGAAAAUGGAAAAAAUACCUUAAAAACGUUUAAUAACGGGACAAGAUUAAAAGCAUUAUGACUGGCCAUCAGCGCCAGUGUUUUUUCCUGUUUAAACUGAAAGCUAUAGACAGUUUUGAAUCUAUAAUUCGGGAAGUGAACAAUUCCACUCAUGGAUGUAGUGAGGUAUUAAAGUUUUAGCUCAAAGGAAUUCGAAGAUUACGGAAUUAAAGUACAAAUCGCAGGAACGGCUGACUUAAGCUAAGUUAAUUUACAAUGCUUUUGUUUUCACAGUUGUCUGAAAAGCACUUGUGUACGUCCUAAUUGCCGAGGCGUUCGCCUAAACUCAAGUUUUUAAUUUAUAAAGCACUAGUCCGGAUGAUCCUAGAGCUUAAAUAAGCGGGCUGGCUGAGGAACAGUCAUCUAUAGACCGCGAUAUAAAACACACACACAAGGAGCGAGGGUAAAGACCGUCACUUGGUGACAAGUAUAGAGAGAAUACGACAAGACAAGCAUUGUCCCGCCUUAUGUAAACUUCGGGUUGUCCGAUAAAUUACACAAAUGAACCCGUGGGAAACUGCCACAGUCAACUGUAGCAACAUGAAAGAAGGAAGGAAGGAAUAAGGACGAUAACUGAUCAGGAACUGCAAUGAUAAGUAGUCUAGCUUGACAUGGAAGUCGCGAAAAUUGACUGCCAAAUGAAGUACGGCCAAAUGUAAAACGGAACACAAAACACAUUUGACCAAGCCAUCAAUUUGAAUGAAAUAAUGACAAUAAAAAGGCUAACACGUCUAGCUGUGUCUACCAACGCGGUCCAAAAAUUUAAUAACUCGGACCAAGGAACCCUGAUGCGUUCGGCUUUUUGUGAAAGAUACGUCUCUAGUCUCUGUCCCGCCGCGAGCAAUUUAUUGCUAUAACCAUGACAAGCCAAUUUGCCAUUUAUCUUAUCUGCCACAAGAACAUGUGGCAACUACCUGGUGUCGUUCCGAGUCGUGUAAAAUCCGAUCUUGCGUCUUCAAAUACCGUAAUUUCGAGAGCAAAGCAGGAGAAGUUUUCGCACGACAAGCUUGAAAAUUAAUGUGGUUCUGUUUACGCGCAUGCGUACGAAUCGGCUAUUUAACUCAGCUAAAACGCAAUAAUGGGUUCUUCAGAGCGAGCAAACAUUUCAAUUGCUUUUAUAAUUAGGCAACGCAUCAUAUUAGUGGUAAUGAAUAGCACCAUGAUUCCUUCGGGCUAUAUUGGUUCACGUCUCCGCAAUUCGCUGGAGUGCUGCGUAUUAACCUGUGAUUGGUCGAGCCGACGUUGUUUAAUUUACCUUUAGACAGAUGUUCGGUGGGUUAUUCGUUGUCAGUUUGUUAAUUGCAUUCCGUUUACUUGCAAUUGUAUUCGUAACAAAUGACCCUUUCAAGUGAUUCGGGACUUAAAUAAAUUGCCUGCCUGGAGAAGAAUGGGAAGAUCUAUUUGGGUAUUCCUUUUGCGACAUCUGAUCUGGGCUGCGUCGUUUUCGCGAAUUUCUUGUCUGAUAUAUCUAGAUCUUAUUUUCAACGGAAUUGUCAGCAGGGAGCGCCAUAAACAAGGAAAAAUUUGAUUACUUUCUCGCCACGUUCCCAAUAACAAGUGCUUCCCCACAAAAAAACCACAAGAGCUAUAAUUGCUAGGGCUCACGUGACUUAAUUAAACUUCGAAGGCUAAAGCGUAUCGGCUUAGUAAUUACUGCAAGCGAUACACGGGGUGUAGAGAUGACUUAACUGCUGUCUUAUUAAAAGAAGCAGCCAAUCAGGGGCGGUUUCAUCGUGCGCGUAAUGGCAACAUCUCUUAGUUGAUGACAACUAAUUGUGUCCUGGUCAUUUAGGGUUUGAAGCUGAUUUGAUGUGGAAUUGAUUAGGCUUAAUUCCCUGUCAUAUGAUGAAUGUUUUGAAUAACGUACACUGUUACCCGAGUUGUUUUAACAAACAACGACCCCUGCCUAAUUCGGACUCAGUGUCACAAAGGCUAACAACGCGACCGCACGAGUAAAGGAAAGCCUGCUGAAAUUUCCGCCGCAAAAUAAAAUGGACAACGCGAACACUAACAACGGUCGAUGUCUUCAAGGGGGAAUUCGAAGCUGCGGAGGAUGCGGCGAAAAAAUCUUGGAUCGCUUUCUUCUGCUCGCUUUGGACCAGUAUUGGCACGUUAAUUGCCUAAAAUGCUCCUGUUGUAAUGUAAGAUUGGGGGAAGUCGGUACGUCGUGCUACUCUAAAGGCGGAAUGAUCCUCUGUAAAACCGACUACGUAAAGUUGUAUGGCUCCAGCGGAGCAUGCGCGGUCUGCGCCAAGUUAAUUCCCGCCACAGAGUUUGUCAUGAAAGUUUUGGGAAAAGUUUACCACCUCGACUGUUUCAACUGCACGACAUGUCACAACCAACUUGUCGCCGGUGAUCGGUUUCACGUCGUAAACGGAAGGCUGUUCUGUGAGAAUGAUGACCCAAGACUACUAAAACAACAACUUCACGCUCCAAAACAAACGGUAUGUUAAUGGAUGCCGAGCGAUUCGCAAGUGAUUAACUUGGAAAAAUAACAAAAUUAGAAGGCUCUCCUCUAGCCCCGGAUGUGGGAAAAGAAAAGUCUUGUUUGAAAAUCCUGGCCCGUUUACACUUUGGAGUCUGAAAUUGAAAGUUAUACAAGGCACAGACUGUGGAACUUUUGAAUGUGCCAAUUGAAGCAAUUCCCAAACCAUGUGCUAUUAGUAUAGUGAAUGUAGCUUUCGAUAUUAAAAUCAGACGAGCAACAGUUUUGCUAAACGAAACGUGCACUGUGUGCUGUCCGUCUGGACUUGCAAUAUGUUGUCGACGUUGAAAACUGACUUAACAUAUAUUAAAUUUUGGACGAAUGAAAAUUCAUUUGAAAAUGUUUAGUUUAGCACGAAAUCAGCCUUACAAGAGUAAACUAAAAGUAGAUUACGAACCAAAGCAUCAGUUGUAGACAGAAGGAGCCACGACAGAGGACUUAAUAACGAGAACUGAAAUGACAAAUUUAAAAUCCUUCUCGAGAAGUUAUAUUUCAAAAAGAAAACAAAGAAUCAUUGACAGAUAUUCUGAUUUCUAAAUUAAACAAUUUUAGUAUUAUACGUAGAAUGUUUUACUAAAACUUCAACAAAAAAGUAUUAAACAUCGGGAAAAUGCAUGGCUACAAACAAAUGUAGAUAAAUGGUUAAAAUAUGUAAAGUUCUUUGAAUAAAAGUGUAAUUCUUUACGCA